CAGAGCGGUCCCGCCGCGCAGCUCCCGCGGCCGGGUGCCGAUCCGCAGCCGCGCCCGGCCGCUCGGCUCGGCGCGGAGCAGGCCAGGCAGGAAGAAGGAAGCUACCGGCGGCGGGAGGACAUGAGGAACAGCAGCGGAUCAGCAAUUAACAAAGGCAGAGUGAAGAAUUUAGCCACGCCGUGACUAAAGGUAUAAGAAGAAACCUUCCAGGGAUAUCAACUCAGCAGCCUAUCUUCCACGUUUGCUAGCAGCUUUGCCAUCCCAGGGCUUCGGGAGGAGCUUUGUUGCGUGUUUUGAGGAACAGAGAACGUUUUUGCAAGGACGUAACCGUGUUGCCUAAAAUUCGGUACGAGCUGGAGAGUAGAUGGCUCAGCUUCCUCCUGGGAUUCGCUUCAUCACCUCAUUUUCAAGAGAUCAGUGGUAUAGAGCCUUCAUUUUCUCUCUCACUUUCUUGUUGUAUGCCAGCUUCCACUUAUCAAGGAAACCUAUCAGUAUAGUUAAGGGAGAGCUGCACAAGCAGUGCUCCGCUUCACGUGAAGUUGAAUUUAACUCCUACAAAGUAUAUGCUGCCCAGAUUCAACCUGUCAAAAAGCCGUCUAAUGUAUCUCAGUGUGGCUGGGAGCCAUUUGACAAGAGCAACUACCAACAGUUACUGGGAGCACUGGAUUACUCAUUUCUGUGUGCAUAUGCAGUUGGAAUGUAUUUAAGUGGAAUAAUAGGAGAACGGCUGCCUAUCCGGUACUAUCUGACAGUUGGGAUGCUUGCCAGCGGACUCUUCACGGCAAUGUUUGGAUUGGGUUAUUUCUAUAACAUACACAAUCUGUGGUUUUACAUAAUGGCCCAGAUAGCCAAUGGGUUGGUGCAAACUACUGGCUGGCCGAGUGUCGUUACAUGUAUUGGCAACUGGUUUGGAAAAGGAAGGAGAGGUUUGAUCAUGGGAAUCUGGAAUUCACACACUUCAGUAGGAAAUAUCUUGGGAUCCUUAAUUGCUGCUUAUUGGGUGUCUACAUGCUGGGGUCUCUCCUUUGUGAUGCCUGGUGUUACCAUUGCUGUAAUGGGGAUUGUUUGUUUCCUCUUUCUGAUCGAACAUCCUAAAGAUGUGAGUUGCUCCUGCACACCAUCUAGUCAUGAUCGUGAGCCCAAAAUUUCUACAGAGUUUGUAGUGAGUUCUAAAACCUUCCUGAAUGGUGCAUCACGAUUCAGAGUCCAGAUGCCAACCUUAAAUGCUAAGGAAACCAGCAAACCUCAGGAUCCAGAGAUUCAACACUUGCUUAUUGACAGUGAAAAUUGCAGUGUAUCGUUGAAUUCCAGCACUGUGGUCCCUGGGGAAGGUAGACAUGGGACGUCAGCCAUCAGCUUCCUUGGGGCCUUGCGCAUACCUGGAGUCAUAGAGUUCUCCCUUUGUCUUCUGUUUGCAAAGCUGGUGAGCUAUACUUUCCUCUUCUGGCUUCCCCUCUACAUCACAAAUGUAGAGCAUCUUGAUGCCAAAAGAGCUGGGGACCUUUCUACACUAUUUGAUGUGGGUGGAAUCUUUGGUGGAAUUUUGGCAGGCCUGGUUUCAGACAGGCUGGAGAAGAGAGCAUCAACCUGCGGAAUGAUGUUAUUGCUUGCAGCACCCACAUUGUACAUGUUCUCUGCAAUCAGUAAAAUGGGUCUCGAGGCUACUGUAGUGAUGCUGCUUAUCAGUGGUGCCCUGGUGAACGGCCCUUAUGCUCUGAUCACCACUGCUGUAUCUGCUGACUUGGGCACCCAUAAAAGCCUGAAAGGGAAUGCAAGAGCCUUAUCUACAGUGACCGCAAUCAUCGAUGGAACAGGAUCUGUAGGUGCAGCUUUGGGACCUCUCUUAGCUGGUCUUAUUUCUCCAUCUGGUUGGAACAAUGUGUUUUACAUGCUCAUGGUGUCAGAUGCAUGUGCCUUGCUAUUCUUACUCCGUCUUAUUCAGAAGGAGCUUCGGUGUAACGCAGACCAUACCCUGUUUAAAGAACACUGAGCUGCGAGACCAGCCUCGGGAUGAGGAUGGCGUAAAUAGUCUGAGCUCCUCCCUGAGAAAUCAACUUCAUGGAAUGCGUUAUUCUAUAUUUAAGCGAUUCUGUUUGGUGAAGAACUUAGCACGUUUACUGGAAGCAAUGUGAGAAAUGCAGCUGGUAAAUCCCUGAAGCUCUUAUUUUUGCACAUGAAUAAGUACCUCAGGAUGGCAGCUAUUCACCAGAUGAAGAGAACUGUGGGAAGAUGUUAGCAGCGCACCUCAGCUGAGCCAAAGAGAAAUACCAAGUGCCUUUUUAGUUUCUUUUGAUAGGAUGUUUUUCUUUAAAAUGCUGAACUCUGUGUUUUCCAAAAAAACCAAGUCAAAACUAGAGCAGAAGGAAGUCGAAAUCCUACAACAGUCUAGCGGUGAAACAUCCCAGUGUCUGUGAGCAAAGUUUGUAUCCCUCAUACCGUCUUGCGCACGUUGAGGGCAUCUCUUUGCAGGGGACAGCACCAGCUGGUUAUUAAGGUGCACUGCUAUUAGUAUUUUGAAGCUGCUCAGACACUAAUAACCUCACUGUAUUAUUAGUUUUUAACUGCAGUACUCCUCCUAAUCCCAAAGACAACAUCCAGCUUUUGGGUAGGGAAUGAAAUGGAAUUUACUGUUGCGGUGCACUGCGGGUUAGCAGUUCUCACAGACUCUCUGGAUGGAUUUGAGUCCUCCCUCAGUUAGGGAUUGUGCAAAAAAGAGUCCUAAGCAACAAACAGAUUGUGAGUCAGAAUUCCCAGUGUGGAGGCUCUAAUAAUUCUGAGGGCAUUGUAAACUGGUUGUGCAAACGUCAUUGCUGCUGUAGUUGUUGUGCUGCUCCAGCGGGCUGGGUUGAAAUGAGAGAACGUUCCUCAGAGGUGGCAGAGAACUGUGGCACUACAGGAUUGAAGAGACGAGCUGCUUUAGUGUUUGCUGCCACGGUGAUCUCUGCUGGGUACUCCCCAGUUUCAGCACUGGCACGUGCACGUGCAAGUCAUCGUCAGAUCACGGCCUUAAUAACCAGAAAUCUCCUUUAAGUGGCUAAUUUCAAGUGGCUCUGAAUUUCAGAUGUAGAGCCAAAGUAUCGAAAAGGAAAAACAACUGAGGUGGUAGGUUGUAGGAGAACAUUUCAGUAACUGGUGUUGCCCAAGAACAGAUGAAUGGUUUAAUGUCUUCAAAACAUAUCAUUUUGGUUUUGUACAGCUGUCUCCUCUGCAAAACAGAUGUUUCUGUGGGUUUUUUUUAAAAGAAGUACAAAGUAAAAAGGAAAUUUUUUUGUAUGAGGUGUUUAUACUUGGACUACAAAGGCUAGGUAAUUUGAACUGUGUAUCGUUCUUAACUGUAUUUAUUAAAGGUCUAGGCAUCUGUCUUGUUCUGAACUAUGGUCAAAGUUUUGUGAAACAAUGCAGUAGCCUUUACACUUGAUUAACAAACCAGAACUCUCUAAACUAGCCCAGCAAAACGUGGAGAAAUGUCUCAUGAGCUGCUGGCGGUGUGUUCCAUGUGCUGGCACAACACUUAAUUUCCAGGGCUGUUUUGUAAUUGUUCAGUCUUCGGUGAGUUAUUUCACCGGUUUGAUUCAGCACAUGCUUUAUGCUUGACCUGAACAUUAUAAGAAUGUGUUCAUUUUUAACUGUUUUGUUGAACAGAGUUAACAGGGAAGACCUCAGUCCCACAAAGACUUAAGGGAAGGUACCAAAGUCCUUGCAAGUGAAUGCUCGAGGUAGGCCCCAGCCCUGCAGUUACCUUCACGUAAUCUGAGCAGACAUGAUGAAACCAGUGAGGAUACUCAACAUGUAAAUUCAUCAAUCUGUGCUGUGUUUGGGCUUUAGGCUGUAGUUAAAUGUGAAGGGAUCCUGUAGCACACAGCACACUGCCCCUCGCUCGCCCAGGCUGGCCCUGGGGCACUGCUAGCCAGACCAAAGGACUGGUUGAGCCUCUGGUAGGGGGGGAAAAAUAACAUUGCAGCCCCAGAGCAGCUGUACUGGCACAGCUUCAGUAGCUGUUUGAGGAGGGAGGGGUUGAGGACUCCUUCAGCUGAAGAUGCCAGUCCCUCUCCCCAAAAAAUGGUAUGUGCAGCGGUAUACAAUUUAAACUCUGGUGCACUCAAGAUUUUGAGAGGCAGUUCCCUGUGGGCUGAAGUCUUUGGUUAUAAAAUGCUUUACAGAUUAUAUUUAACUGUGUUUUGGAUUUUACAUAUGUCACUUGUUGGGGCUGCUGCUGCUGUUAGUUUAUUUAUUUAUUUAUUUGAAGAGCUUUUGCACUGCAGGGGCUCAGGAAUGGGGUGGUAACAAUGCUGGAGAUGCUGGACUGAGUCCUUUGCAUCAAUCAUAAGCAGGACUUGUGCCAAUAUCUCCCUCCUUGCUAAUACUCAGCAUUUCAGUUCCUCCCAGCUCAAAUUUGUUGGACAAAAAGAUAAAGAUUUGCUUUUUCUUCCAUAACAACCUAAAGGCCCCCCCAAGUUGUGAAUAAACUGUGUGUUUUGUUAGUAUGGGAUGUCCAUAUCCGUUAAUCUGGAAAUGAGCAAGACUGGGGAAAUUGUGUGUGUAGAAAUGUGAGUGACCAGUAGGUAGAGCCAAAUUGAAACAUGUCUUGAAGGAUUUGUUGGGUUUUUUAAAUGCUGAUUAUUGUGAAUUUUGUCUAUUUACCGU